AUGGGCUGCAAGCAGCGUCGGGCGACGACGACUUACCGGUUACCGCCUCCUUUCACGGGCGCCUCCUCCUUCAACAAGGACAUCAGCUCGUGGGACGUGUCGGCUGUCCUCUACAUGGGCGGCAUGUUCAACGGCGCCUCCUCCCUCAGCGACUGCAACAAGGCGCUCAUCCACGCCAGCUUCGCCGCACAGACGAGCGCGUGGCCCUACUCGUGGGGCUCGCAAGGGUGCCCAACCGGGGGCUGCGGCGAUGGCACUGCCCUCGACGCAGUGACGAGGAAGUGCGAGGUCUCGCUCGGCAACGGUACCGAGGUGCUCGACGGCAAGGUCGAGGUCGUGCUCGGCAGCGCCACCGAGGUGAUCGACGGCAAGUGCGAGCUCAUCGGGCUGGGUGACUUUGACGGCGACGGCGCCUUCCGUCUUGCCGACGCGGGGUUUGUCGCCGCGGUUUGGAAGCGCACUGAGCAGUGGCCGGUUGCGGGAGGGCGCCGCGAUCGGCGCUCGCUCGAGCGCAAGGACGCGGAGCUCGAGCGCAAGGACGCGGAGCUAGAGCGCAAGGACGCGGAGCUAGAGCGCAAGGACGCGGAGCUAGAGCGCAAGGACGCGGAGCUGACGGAGCUUCGCGCAAAGCUAGAGGCCAAGAAGUUCAAGGAGUGA